AUGGACACCAGUUGGAGAAAUACAACAGUGGUCACUGAAUUCCAUCUUCUGGGAUUUGGCUAUCAUCCUGAGCUGCGUAUCCUUCUUUUCCUGGCCUUCCUACUGAUUUACAGUGCUGCCAUGCUUGGAAAUCUCCUCAUUAUUGUAGUAGUUCUCUCUGAUAAGCGCCUUCACACUCCCAUGUACUUCUUUCUGGUGAAUCUGUCCUGUGUGGAGGUUUGGUAUGUGUCAAAUACACUGCCCAAGAUGCUUGCCAUUUCCCUCACUCAAGAAAAUAAGAUUUCUUUCAAUAGCUGCCUCACCCAGUUCUUCUUCUUUGGCUUUCUGAUUGGUGCAGAGUGUUGCCUUCUGUCCGUGAUGUCCUAUGAUCGGUAUUUAGCCAUAUGUAGACCGUUGCAUUAUAAAACUCUUAUGAAUAACAAAAUGUGUCUCUUUCUUGCAUUUGGGUCUUGGGUGAGUGGGCUCCUGGGAAGUGUCCUAAUAACUGUUUUGUUUGUGAAGUCUGCCUUCUGUGGCCCCAAUGAAAUAGACCAUUUCUUUUGUGAUUUUAUCCCUUUGCUCAAUCUCCUGUGUAGCGACCCUUAUAUAAUAGCUUUGCUCACUUUCCUCCUAUCCUUUUCAUUCACCCUUCCUCCCUUUCUGCUAACCUUGUCCUCCUAUGUUUGCAUCAUACUUACUAUCUUAAGAAUCCCAUCCACCACGGGGAGGCAGAAGGCCUUCUCCACAUGUUCUUCUCAUCUCAUUGUAGUCACCAUUUUUUAUGGCAGCAUAAUCAUUGUCUAUCAACUCCCACACAGCAGCACACUGGACGAUCUGAACAAAGUCUUCUCUCUUUGCUACACAAUCUUGACCCCCAUGGUCAAUCCCCUCAUUUACAGCCUCAGAAACAGAGAGGUAAAGGAAUCCCUCAAAAAAGGACUCAGCCAGCAGCAGUUCCCUAUGAAGAAGCCAUGCUUUACAUGA